GCGGGUGGCGGCGGCCGCGCUGGCUGCCGAGGGCGGGAGCGAGUGAGUCACUGCGCGCGUGUGAGGGAGGGAAGGAGCGAGGGAGCGAGCAGCCCGCGCCCGCCGCCCUCCCGCCGCUGCCGCCAGCCUCCCCCCCCUACCCCAGCCGCCGGCUGCCCUCCGCCCAGCGCCCAGGCCGGGCCGAGCCGAGCCGGGUCGGGCCCGGGCCAUGCUGCUCACCGUGUACUGUGUGCGGAGGGACCUCUCCGAGGUGACCUUUUCCCUCCAGGUCGACGCCGACUUCGAGCUGCACAACUUCCGCGCGCUGUGCGAGCUCGAGUCCGGCAUCCCCGCCGCCGAGAGCCAGAUUGUCUAUGCAGAAAGACCUCUCACUGACAACCACAGGUCACUGGCUUCUUAUGGUUUAAAAGAUGGUGAUGUUGUAAUUCUACGACAGAAGGAGAAUGCGGACCCUCGCCCUGCAGUGCAGUUCUCAAACUUACCCCGGAUUGACUUCAGUAGCAUAGCUGUGCCUGGCACAUCAAACCCCCAACAGCGUCAGCUGCCCAGAACACAGGCUCCGCACUCAUCUCCUGGGGAAAUAGCAUCGUCUCCUCAAGGCUUAGACAACCCAGCCCUGCUCCGAGACAUGCUGCUGGCCAACCCGCAUGAGCUGUCCUUGCUGAAGGAGCGUAAUCCACCCUUGGCAGAAGCUCUGCUCAGUGGAGAUCUUGAGAAAUUCUCUCGGGUCUUGGUGGAGCAGCAGCAGGACCGAGCCCGGAGAGAACAAGAACGGAUUCGUCUGUUUUCUGCUGACCCCUUUGAUCUCGAAGCUCAGGCAAAGAUAGAAGAAGAUAUAAGGCAGCAGAACAUCGAGGAGAACAUGACGAUAGCUAUGGAGGAGGCCCCGGAGAGCUUCGGCCAGGUCGCCAUGCUGUACAUCAACUGCAGAGUGAACGGGCAUCCUGUGAAAGCCUUUGUCGACUCAGGAGCCCAGAUGACCAUUAUGAGCCAGGCCUGUGCAGAAAGGUGUAACAUAAUGAGACUGGUAGAUCGUCGGUGGGCUGGCAUUGCCAAAGGAGUAGGCACACAGAAGAUUAUUGGAAGGGUGCAUCUAGCUCAGGUUCAGAUUGAAGGCGAUUUUCUGGCAUGUUCCUUCUCGAUUCUGGAAGAACAGCCUAUGGACAUGCUUCUGGGUCUGGACAUGCUUAAACGGCAUCAGUGUUCUAUUGACUUGAAGAAAAAUGUUCUGGUGAUUGGCACCACGGGCUCACAGACCACCUUCCUUCCUGAGGGGGAGUUACCAGAGUGUGCUCGCUUGGCAUAUGGAACCGGGCGAGAGGACAUACGGCCAGAGGAAAUUGCAGACCAAGAAUUAGCAGAAGCCAUUCAAAAAUCAGCCGAGGAUGCAGAGAAAAGCAGUAAAGAAUCUACCUCACUGGGAAUGUCAUCAUUGCCGACUUCAGAUGGAUUUGACCAUCCAGCUCCUUCAGGGCAGAGUCCUGAGGUUGGUAGCCCAACGAGUCUUGCUCGCUCUGUUUCUGCUUCCGUCUGCGCCAUCAAGCCUGGUGACCCCAGUAGCAUUGAAUCUCUAGCUAUGGAGGCUACGAAGGCUUCAGCUGAAUUCCAGACAAACUCUAAGAAAUCAGAUCCUCCUCCUCUGCAGGUUCUUCCUGACCUUGCUUCCUCAGCAGAACGGAGUCUAGCCAUGCCUUUGCAUAAAUCAUCAAGAGAAGCAUCUGCUUCAGGUAAUCUGGAGAGAUCUGUCGAGAAGAGAACCCAGGGCCUCAGAGUGUAUCUCCACACAGGACAGGACGCUGGUUUAACUCUCACAACUACUGGGAUGCAUGAGUCGCAGAUAUUUGUGGAGGAAAAGAGUUGGCAUCCAGAAAAUCAGACCCCAAGUCACGUGAACAGCCUUCAGCAGCACAGAGAAACAGAGAGAGUACAGUGGGAGGCUGGACCACAGAGUGCUCCACAUGGCCAGGAGUGUCUUUGUGACACAGAAGACCUUGAGCUUCCUGAAGAAGUUGUCAGUUUGGAAGCUCUGAUGAAAGGUGAGCUACAGAGAAACGCUCCUCUUCCCAGUGCAGAGAAGGGUCUUCCAGCUUCAGGACUCUGUAGCUGUUCAUGCUCAGAAGCCCUGAUGGAAGUCGAUAGAGCUGAACAGUCUCUGGUUGCUAUGUGCAGCUCAACAGGCAGGCAGGAUGCUGUCAUCAAGAGCCCUAGUGUAGCACAUCUCGCUUCAGAUAAUCGCUCUAUGGAAGUGGAGACAUCACAGUCUAACCCCUCCUGUGAACCUGUGGAACAUUCCAUCUUGACUCGGGAUUCGCAGCUCCCAGAAGAUAAUGUUGAAAUGUCUACAAUGGAUAACAAAGAUGACAGUUCCUCUUCCCUUCUAAGUGGUCAUGGUCAGCCCUCUGUGGAAUCAGCAGAAGAAUUUUGUUCGUCUGUCACAGUGGCCUUGAAAGAACUCCAUGAGCUUUUAGUCAUUAGCUGUAAAACAGCUUCAGAAGGCUCACCUGAGGCCGUCACCUGUCAGUCAGAAACGGGGGCUGAGGGCCGAGCAAGGGUUCCAGACCUUACAGGAAGGAGGACCCAAAGUGAGCAUCUGACCCCGAGGGACCAGUACCCACAAGGCUCCUGUCACCAGGCCACCUCUGAAUCAGGAAAGACAGAAAUCAUAGGGACUGCCCCUUGUGCUGCGGUAGAAGAUGAAGCAUCCAUUAGCUUUGGAGGUCUCGGUGAUGGCUUGUCACCUGGCCGAGAAAGUGUCCACAGAUCAACAGAGUCAGCCAGGAAGAGCUGUUCUGUCGCCAUAGCCUCAGCUAAACUGUCCGAGCAGUUGCCCUGCAUCUCAGGGGUAGAAAUAGCACCUAAACUUGCAGCAGGUGAGGGUGCCCACAGUCAGCCUUCUGAGCAUGUGCAGAAUCCAGGCCCAGACAGGCCGGAGACCAGCAGUGUCUGUCCUGGGGCUGGGUUGCCCCUUAGUGGAUUGGACCAACCUCCCACACUGUCCUUGUCCACCCGCUCUGUUCUUCCACCGUUCAUCUUUCCUGCAGCAGAUGUUGACAGGAUUCUUGGUGCCGGCUUCACUCUGCAGGAAGCCCUCGGGGCUCUGCAUCGAGUUGGUGGGAAUGCAGACCUUGCCCUUCUUGUCUUGUUAGCAAAGAACAUAGUAGUCCCAACAUAAUUGUGGGAAGUGGACUAGGCCGCACUUCAUUCCUUUUGAAAAAGCCCUUUUCACACCAAUAUAAUAUACUAUACUACACACACACACACACACACACACACACACACACACACACACAAUGUGUAGAAAAUCUGCAAGCAAAAUGUUGAGCCAGAUUUUUUUUU